AUGUCUAAACACAUCCUCCUUCAUGCAUUGGCCCUAAUUCUUCUUCUAUGGGCCUCAACCUUCAGUCUCCAUCGGGCCUCGGCAACCCUAAUCGCAGGACUGGGGCUUGAGGCUGGCAGUCUCAAGCUGCCGAAAAUCCAGCAGUGCGCUGGCAGCAUUAUGGCAGUGCCCGACUGCCUCAACAGCAUCAUAUUCUCUGCCCUCAGCCUCAACCCCCAACAGGUGGGGCCCACAUGCUGUCAGGCCUUCCUUCAGAUCGACCAAAGUUGCUGGCCCAAACUCUUCAUCCUCAACCCAACCUUUCCUUCCUCCCUCAAAGAUUGUUGUGUUGGCAUUCAGAACUCCCCACCGAAAGUCCCGAGCCUGCCACUGCCGCUGCCGCCGCCGCCACCAUCACCGUGCUCAGAUGGAGAUGAUGAUGGCUACAUUGAGGAUGGCUCGUAA